GGAAAAAUAACAAAAUACAUGAAAUAGUCGAAAACAAAAUACAAAUUAUACAGAAAACCGAAGCUUCUCUCUUCUCAAUUGCUCCUUCCCGAUCGAAAAUUGCAUCUGAAGGUUUGUUUCUGCACAUUGGAAUUGACAAUCGGUAUUGCGUGAUGAUGCGAUACAAGAAAGGGAAUUUGGUGGAAGUCUUGAAUGAAAACGAGUUACCCUCAGGCUCUUGGCGUUGUGCGGAGAUUGUCAGGGGCAACGAAGAGAAUUAUAUUGUCAGAUACAGUACGAGUGAUAUAUCAGAAGCGGUUGUGGAAAGGGUGUCUAGGAAGUUAAUUAGGCCUUGCCCCCCUCUAGUUGAAUUUUCAGAGAACUUGAUGCCUGGGGAUGUGGUUGAGGUGUUUCUCAGCUUCACAUGGAAAAUGGCAACAGUGUCUAAGGUGAUAGGGAAGGACCACGUUUUAGUCCGGUUGGUUGGAUCCGCAAAUGGAUUCAAAGUUAAGAAAUGUAACAUUCGCGUGAGACAGUCAUGGAAGGAUGGUCAGUGGGCCAUAGUUGGAAAGGGUCCGGCUCAGAAGUACAAUAGGAUUUCAGGCUUCCAAUCCAUGGGAACAAAACCAAGAAUAGGUUUCCCUGGAAAACAAGACCAUGCACUUAAUAAUGAUGUGAAAUUUCAUGAAUCUUAUAUUGGUAAGUCGAGAACUUUAAAGAGAGGACUACCAUAUUGUGAUUCUCAGACAGAAGCUAAUAAUGUGAUUGCCCAGAAAUAUAGAGUGAUUGAGAAGGAGGGUGGACGGUGUCGAGGGAUUGCUGCACAUUAUUCUCCAUUACAUGGAAAGGUAGGCAACAACCCUUUAACUGGAAAAGUGCUGGUUGAAAAGGAAAGACAUUUUAUUGAAAACCAUAGAAGUAGUCUUUUUGAAUUGGAUGUGGAGAGGACAAAAGCAAUUGAGGUGGUGUCACAUGCAAUGCCAAUAGAAUCUAAUGAUGCUGACAGUAUCUCUAGCUCUGUUGGUAGUUGUAGCAUUGCUAGCAACAAUAUGUCUACAUCACAUUGCAAGUUGUUAGUAGGUUUUGCAGACGACAUUCAAGAACACUCAAGUGAUGCUGAAUCGGUGCAAGAGUCAUGCAACCGCCAAGGAAACUGUUUCCCUGCCUCCAGAGAGUUGGCCACAGAAAUCCAUAGGUUAGAGUUGUAUGCAUAUCGUGCUACUAUGGAGGCGCUGUAUGCUUCAGGACCUUUAAGUUGGGAACAGGAAACAUUGAUUACAAAUCUUCGCAUUUAUCUCAAUAUAUCAAAUGAUGAGCAUUUGUUGGAGUUAAGGAAUUUAAUAUCUAAUGCAUCAAGCUUUUCCAUUAGCUGACAGAGAACUGGCAUUUAUGAAUUUGUCUUUUAUGAUCCUUCUGUAAGAAUCCUUUUUUUUUUUUUUUUUUUUUUGCAGUUAGAUGGCUUUUGAUCAAUGUAAAAAAGCAAAAUGAAAUAUGGUUUACUCUUAGCUAUACUUUCUGUUUAUAAAAUUGAGCCUAUUCUAGAUUCAGUUAGUUAUGUAAGAACUUUUUAAGCAUUGUAGAAUUUCUCUUACUAUCUCUAUUUCUAUGAAAGUUUAGAAUGCACAUUAUAUCUUCAGUGUUUCCUUGAGUAUUUUCUGUCCUCUACAUAUAUACAUUUUGCUCUGUACUGGCUAGUUUGGUUCCCUGUCAUACAUAAGAGAAGUUAAGUUAUUCCAUUUGCAUGAAUUCAACUUUCUUCUAUCCUGUAAGGAACUUUUAGAACCCUAUGUGCACGAUUGGCAGCGUACAGUUUCAUGAUAUUGUUGGUGCUUCCUCUGUAUUUUCCAGGCCCAGAGUUUAUGGCCUGCAAUUCUGCUACCAAAUUCCUGGGUGAUGCUGGGAUUUGCCUCUUUUCUCUUCAUGUAGAUGAUCUGGCAAUGUCAGCAUCAGAUCGACAGAUCCACUAGGAAGGAAAUAGCAGUAGCUAUCCGUGUUACUGACAAUGUAACAUGAUUGCUGGAUUGAUUCUGUGGCUCUAUGAAGCAGAAAUACCUUGCUGAAAUAUUGGGGAUUGGUUUCAUCACUGUUCCAUGGCUGGAUUGGUAUGAUGAGAUUGCACUGCACUUGUUUUUGCAAGGAUGGACUUGGUAUACACCUUCUUGGCUCGCACAUCACAAUUUUGGCAUAUGGUUUCUGAUUUUUUCUGAUUAUACAUUCCAGGUCGAUGAAUGAUUGCAUAUUCUUCGAGGCCAUGCCUAUCUUGAGAGGUUGACUCGUUGAUAAGCAAGCAUUGACAUGUAAGCUACUGUCAUGCAAUUUUGGGUUAUGGUUUCUGAUUAUUUCCAAUUACAUUUCCAGGUUGAUGAUGAUUGCAUUAAGCAAGCAUAGACUUGUAAAUCUAGUCUAGCAAUUUGGUUCUUCGAGGCCAUGCCUAUCUCGAGAGGUUGGGUCGUUGAUAAGCAAGCAUUGACUUGUAAGACCGUCAUCUAUCGUAAGAUGGCCAUGGCAAAUGCAACUAGAAAAUGUCAUGUCCUUUCCGCUUUUACCAGUGUAAAGAGGAUUUUGGACAGGCUAAAUGGAGAAUUCAACAUAUAAGUUGUACAUGAUUUUGGUUCUAUUAAAUUCUUAGGAAAUCAUCUUUGUAUGAUUGGCAAAACCAUGUGAGUAUGCCUCCUAUCUCAUGGAAUGACCAAGUGUAUAUAAGUAAAUCUAGGCUUGGCUUGUGAUGAUUUCAUGAUCUAAA